GAUUUGUAUUCAUGCGGCAAUUCAGUCAGGCAGAGUCUAUCGGCAUCGGCGUGCAUACUGCACAUCUGCGUUUCGUGUUAUUGGUGAUAGACGAGUAUAAUACGUGUGAUACCGAUACGUAAAUGAACAAAUAAGUAUAGUGUAUAAUUGUACAGUGUAAUUGUCCAUGAACAACACGCUUUGAUAAUACAUAUCAUACAUGAAAAUGUUGUUUUUAACAAUAUGCUUAACGUUCCUGCUCUUCGGCGUGUCGAAUACGUUGGAUAAUGGACUUGCGGAUGCUCCGCCAAUGGGAUGGAUGCAUUGGCAACGGUUUCGAUGCGUGAUUGAUUGUGAAACAUACCCAGAUGAAUGUGUCAGUGAGCAAUUGUUUCGCAACAUGGCGGACCUGAUGGUAUCCGAAGGAUACCUCGAAGCUGGCUAUGAAUACAUCAUUGUUGAUGAUUGCUGGGCAUCGAAGAAACGCGCUUUGAAUGGCAGUUUAGUUGCUGAUCCAGUGAGAUUUCCAAAUGGCAUCAAAGCGUUAGCUGAUUACGUGCAUUCAAAAGGACUUAAAUUUGGUUUGUAUGGCGAUUAUGGUAAUUUAACUUGCGCGGGAUAUCCAGGCAGUAUUGAUCAUAUGGAACUGGAUGUAAACACGUUUGCUGCAUGGGGUGUAGAUUAUAUUAAAUUGGAUGGAUGUUAUGCUGAUCAGGAAACUAUGGAGCAAGGUUACGCUGAAUACGGACGUUACAUGAAUGAAACAGGACGACCAAUGGUAUACUCCUGCAGUUGGCCAGCAUACCAAGAACCCUUCAACAUUAAACCCAAUUAUCAUGCCCUAAGAAAAACCUGUAACCUUUGGCGUAAUUGGGACGACAUUGACGACUCCUGGGAGAGCGUAUCAUCAAUCGUCACUUGGUUUGUCAAGAACCAAGAUAGAAUCGCACCAUUCUCCGGACCAGGACAUUGGAAUGAUCCAGACAUGUUAAUCAUUGGUAAUUAUGGCUUGACUGUACCACAAGCAAAAGCACAAAUGACAAUCUGGUCCAUAAUGAGUGCCCCUCUUAUUAUGUCGAAUGAUUUACGUGCCAUCGACGAAGAAUACAAGAAAAUCUUACUUAAUCGUGAUGCGAUAGCCAUCAAUCAAGAUUACCUUGGAAAAAUAGGCAAACAAGUUUUAGUUAAAAAAAAAGUUGCUGUGUGGACAAAAGUGAUAAUGCCUAACAUCAGUGGGCAUCCAUCAUACGCCGUUGGAAUUGUAAGCAAUCGCACUGAUGGAUUCGCCUACAAAGUCGAUUUUCCACUGAAAGAUCUAAAUUUAGACGCUCCACAUGGCUACUUUGUUCAGAAUGUUUUUGAAGACCAAGCAGACUUUGACAUUCCAUCAAACGGAUCAAUUUCCAUGCGAAUUAUACCCACAGGUGGAGUAUUAUUAAAAUUGACACCCAGGAUGAAAUAUUCCGAGAUUCAAAUUAUUCAAAGUGAAAUAACUGUGGAUAAGAUUUAAGAUGUUGUAAGUAUGUGUGGCGUUGAAAGUUGAUAAUAGUGUGUCUGUCAAUAAAUGUAAAUGCAAGUUACAAAA